AGUUUCGACUAAAAGAUGAUUCUCAAGUUUUUGAUCUUUCCGCUAGUGAUCAGCUUUUUGGCACAAACAACUGCUUGGCUGGGACGGCGAAGGACCGUUAGAAAACCAGUACCUCCACCUCGACCAGGUGGUUGUUCAUACUACAAGUUGUUGAACACUCCUGACCGAUUUAUGAAGACACCCACAGUCAAUGUUAGAUGUGACAAGGGUGAUCUCACCAAAUUCUGGUAUCGCUUUCAAGGCUCAGCGGGUACAUUAAUUGCAACUGUUUGUCCCCCAGUAAAACACUGUGGAACUCACGCACCCGGUUGGAUGACCGGAAAGCAUCCAAGUAAGGCAGAUGGAAUUGUUACUCGUAAAGUAUGCUACCACUGGGCUGCCGAUUGCUGCAAAUGGACGAAUAACAUACGUGUGCGCAACUGUAGUGGGUUCUACAUAUACGAGCUGGAUAAAACUCCUGUGUGUAGCCUACGGUAUUGUGGAUCUGGACCGGACGUUGAUGAUUGUGUCGGGAAACCCUGCAAAAAUGGAGCCACAUGCAUCGAUAAACAUUAUUCUUACGAAUGUCAAUGUGCUGUUGGUUACACUGGCGAGAACUGCGAAAGAAAAUCUGUACCUCCAAGUGCAUGCCCGACAGGUGAUAGAAUCGGAUGUUUAACAAACGCAACGGGUUUCUCUCUGUUGCCCGAGCUGCUCUUCACCGAUAGCAACAAAGGCUCGAACGUCUAUAGUGGAGUGACAAUCGACUGGGUCAACUGGAACCACUAUCUUGCGACUCUUACGUGUAGAUGCGCAUAUAACGCAAGAAAACUUGGUUAUGAAGUCUUUGGGCUGAAGAUUUCUGGUGAGUGUUGGAGCAGUAACGCUACAAACUGGAAAAAGUCAAACAAUCAUCUUGCGUUGAGUUGUUCUGGAAAAUAUAAGAAUAUCAGCGGUCAAGCACAAAAUAUUUGUUCUUGGGGAGAUGAUAUCUACUAUGUUUAUGAGUUAUUGUACUACGAUGUUAGAGUCUCCCGAGCAUCAGUUGAAGAUUAUAUUUCCAUCAAGCGAGAAAUCCCUACGAUGACUGCGUUGACGAUCUGUACGUGGAUUAAAACUAAGGACACAAGAGGAUCUGCUUCAAUGAUAAGUUACUCAGAAAAAGGCGGUUCGAGCAAUGCCGUUCUGCUCAAUAAUCCAGUAGCUCUUUGGUUUUGGAUCGGAUCCGUGUGGAAAACCGGUGUCAGUGUAGCGGACGGCGAGUGGCACCAUGUUUGUACCACGUGGGAAAACGUCACAGGCCAAACAGUUACCUUUAAAGAUGGAAGCCGGGUCGCAAAUCACACUUUCAAGAAAGGCCACGUGAUAAAAGGUGGAGGGAUUUUGAUCAUUGGACAAGAGCAGGACAAAUUUGGAGGUGGAUUUCAAUCGAGCCAGAACUUUAUAGGUGAUCUUUUUGGGAUCAAUAUUUGGGAUAAUGUGCUCAGUGACACGAACAUCGAGGCUAUGGCAGUGGAUUCUAAAAUGGACGUUUCCGGUACUGUAUUAAAUUGGGAUGACGUAAUAUCCGGUCAAAAAUGCGGCGAGCUUCAAUACGUUAAGGCUUCAUGUAAAAACGUCGAUCGAAACUUCGACAUCAGAGUCACUCGAGCAUCGGUAAAAGACUACGUUAAGCUAGUAACAAGAMAAGUUCCCUCAAUGACUGCAAUUACAAUAUGCACCUGGUUGAAAACUCUCGAUUCAAGAAGCGAUGCCACAAUGAUAAGCUAUGCAGCCAAAGGAUCUUACAAUGAAGUUGUCCUGAAUAUUCCUAAAUCUCUCUCCUUCUGGAUUGCAUCUUCUCGUUGGAAAACUGGAGUUAACGUAGCAGACAAUAUUUGGCAUCACGUCUGCGUCACGUGGGAGAACACCGCCGGUCAAGCUGCUAUCUUCAAAGAUGGAAACAAGACGGCGACUCAUUCAUUUAAGAAAGGCCAUGUGAUCAAAGCCGAUGGGAUUCUGAUCGUUGGCCAGGAGCAGGAUAAAUUUGGAGGUGGAUUUCAAUCAAGCCAGAACUUUAUAGGUGAUCUUUUUGGCAUCACUAUCUGGGAUAGAGUUCUCACUGCCGCGGAGAUCAAUACCAUGGCAAUAGACUCUAACAGCGAUUUUUCUGGAAAUGUGUUGGCUUGGAAGGAUAUACCUUGUCAAGAUAUCUAUGGAGAAUUGAAAUUCAUCAGGCCCUCGUUAGGAAAAAUGCCCAUUGCCUCGCCAGGGUGGUACGUUUUAUUUGAUUUUGAAAACGGCCAAGCUGACUUGUCAAAAUGGACGUUGACUGGUACAGCUUUCAGUAACCAACCAACAUAUGGAGAUAACCCCACAGCAAGGAAAAAAGAGCCGUCCAAUCACAAGGGGAACUGGUGGAUUGGAGGAGCUGAAGAUCGACCAAGUCCAAGCGAUAAAGCUGGUGCUGUACAAUUAGAUAAACCUACAGGAACAAUGACGUCACCACAUUUCACGAUCACAGGGAGUAAAAUGAGGUUCUUGAUUGGUGGGGGCUGUGCUAUCAAUUGGGUACGCGCAGAGCUUUUGAUUGAUGGACAAGUAGUUGAUAAGGCAACUGGAAAAUGCUCUGAAACCAUGACAACACAGGAGUGGGAAGUUGAAGCUCAGAAUUUUGGAAAACGGGCUCAAGUGCGAUUGAUUGACGCCAGCAGUGCUGGUUGGGGGCACAUCAAUUUUGAUCACUUUGAGAUGUGGUAUGCGCCAUGGACAGCAAACUAUGACAUCCAAUUCAACCGAGUAUCGCGAGAAGAUUACGUAUAUGUGAAGAAAACACUGCCGCGACUAACUGCACUAACUUACUGCUUAUGGAUCAAGACUGCUGAUCAGAAUAGAGCAAGAACAAUCUUUAGUUAUAAAGUGCCUGAAGCGAUGUAUGAGCUUAUUCUGUACUAUCCACAGAAACUUACUUAUAAUCUUAACAACCUACAAUACAACAUUAACGUUAACGUAGCCGAUGACAGAUGGCACCAUGUCUGUUUUACUUUGGAUUACAAGUCUCAAAAAGUCACCUUAUAUAAAGAUGGUUGGUCAGUUAAACAGAAUUCAUUGAAAGGUGGCACUGAGAUCAGACCUGGUGGUACUCUUGUAAUUGGUCAGUUGCAGAGUACAGGAAGUGAAUUUAGCUAUAACUGGAACUACAUUGGUAGUCUUUACGGUUUUAACAUAUGGGAUAAGUUGCUUACUGCAGAAGAGAUCAAGGUAAUGGCGCUUGAUCCCAAGAUGGAUGUUUCUGGGAAUGCUAUAUCUUGGAGUGACAUUAUGUCCGAUGCGGUGUAUGGUAAAAAUAAUCUGAUCAGAAAGUCCUCUUGUAGAAGAUCUGAUGCAAACUUCGACAUCAAAUUCACUCGAGCCUCUAUCAAAGACUACAUCAAAGUCAAGAGACCAAUCACAUCUAGGAUUUAUUCACUAUCGCUGUGUGUCUGGUUAAAGACUGCUGAUAAGAGAGUUGGUAGCGGUAUUUUUAGUUAUGCUGUGGAAGGAUCUGAUAAUGAGAUAUUGCUGAAUCAGCCAAAAUCUCUGCUUUUCUGGAUUGGAUCGAAGAGUUGGAACACUGGAGUAAAUAUAGCAGACGAUAGGUGGCAUCAUGUCUGUGUGACUUGGAAUCAAGCGGCUGGUCAAACAGCUAUCUUUCUUGAUGGAAAGCAGGCUUCCAGAACUGUACUUGAGCCAAAUCAUGCCAUAAAAUAUAACCAAAAUUCAAGUAUUAUCAUCGGACAGGAGCAAGACAAGGUAGGAGGCGGUUUCCAGUCAACACAGAACUUCAUUGGUGAACUUUCUGGGAUCAAUCUCUGGAGAAAGAUCCUUUCGCUUUAUGAAAUCGAGCAAAUGUCGCUUAACCCUACAAAGGCAAAUGAAAUUCAAGGUUCGCAAGGAAACGUAGUGCAGUGGACUGAUGCUUAUUGUGGGUAUAUAGGAGGUGAAACUCAGGUUAUAGACAACCAAACAUCUUGCAAAAACACAGAAAUUGACUUUGAUAUCAAGUUCACUAGGGCUUCUGCAGAAGACUAUGUCAAGAUAUCAAGACCAGUGCCAUCAAUGACCGCAAUAACGCUGUGUGUCUGGUUAAAGACUGUUGAUAAGAGAAAGGCCAGUUCAGUCAUCAGUUAUGCAGUACUUGGAUCAACUAAUGAAGUGCUAUUAAACGAACCAAAGUCACUUCUAUUUUGGAUCGGAUCUUCCGUUUGGAACACACGGCUGAAUGUAGCAGACGGUGAAUGGCAUCAUAUAUGUGGAACGUGGGAGAAUUCAGGUGGACAGGCACUCAUCUAUAAAGAUGGACAACAAGCUGCCAAGCAUGCAUUCAAGAAAGGACACGUGAUCAAACCUAAUGGCGCUCUCAUCAUCGGCCAGGAACAAGAUAGUGUCGGAGGUGGCUUUCAAUCUACCCAAAACUUCAUUGGAGAACUUUCUGGGAUCAAUAUUUGGAAUAAGGUUAUUAGAGCUGAUGAGAUCAAGAUUAUGGCGAUUGAUUAUAGAGCGAAUGCUGCGGGGAACGUUUUACAAUGGAGUGAUGUGUUUUGUGAGAAAAAAUUGGGUCAAACAAAAAUCAUUAAGCCAACAACCUCUUGUAAAUUCAUAAAUGCUUCAGCGGGUUGGCGAGUUUUGUUCGACUUUGAAAACGAUGGCUUGUCAAAAUGGACACUGACUGGUACAGCUUUCAACAAUCAACCAACAUAUGGAGAUAACCCCACAGCAAGGAAAAGAGAGCCGUCCAAUCACAAGGGGAACUGGUGGAUCGGAGGAGCUGAAAAUCGACCAAGUCCAAGCGAUAAAGCUGGGGCUGUGCAAUUAGACAAACCUACAGGAACAAUGAAGUCACCACCUUUCAGGCUGACUGGGACCAGACUCAAGUUCCUGAUUAGUGGUGGAUGUGGUUCGUCAAAUAAAUAUUCAAUUUACGCAGGUCUUUACGUUCGUUCUGGUUUUUAUUCUAGGAGGAUUCUUGUUACCAGACCAUUGAGAUGCUCAGAAACUAUGGUUGAAAAAGAAUGGUCUAUUCAAUCACAUUAUUUAGGAAGUAUGGCACAAGUAAUACUGGUUGACUCCAGCACGAAAGGGUGGGGCCAUAUCAACUUUGAUCACCUAAUGAUGUACGAGCCACCACCAGUGUGGACUAAGUUGUAUGACUUUGAGAAAGGAAAAGAUUCAUUGUCAACUUGGACACUGACUGGUACAGCUUUCAGUAACCAACCAACAUAUGGAGAUAACCCCACAGCAAGGAAAAAAGAGCCGUCGAACCACAAGGGGAACUGGUGGAUCGGAGGAGCUGAAAAUCGACCAAGUCCAAGCGAUAAAGCUGGGGCUGUACAAUUAGACAAACCUCAAGGAAACUUAACCUCGCCAUCUUUUCUAAUAACUGGAUACAAGCUAAGGUUUCUGAUUGGUGGAGGUUGUGACAGCAAUGUUGUCCGACUAGAGCUAGAAGUUGACGAAGAAAUCGUCGCCAUGGCAACUGGCAAGUGCUUGGAAACCAUGGUAACAUCCGAAUGGGAUGUAUCCUGUUACUUGGGAAAAUUGGCAAAAGUGCGAGCAGUUGACCAAAGUAGUACUGGUUGGGGUCACAUCAACUUUGAUAAUAUUGAAAUGUUUAGUAUUGUUUACUAGACCAUAUUGAUUACUUGUGAGGAUGAGAUUAUUGUCAUUUGCUUGUGAUUAUUUGCUUCUAAAUUAAAAAAAA